AGCGGUCGAGGACAGAAAGCAGAGAAACAGGGCAAGAAACACGCAGAGUGAACCAUGUCGUCGGAGUACGAGAGAAUAUACUUGAACCAGUCGAAGAUGCCGGGAAGAAUGAGGGUGGCGGAGACGGGACUAGGAUGGAAGGCGCAAUCGAUGCCCGGGUCGACGACGAAGACGACGCCGUUCCUAUUGCCGAGCGAGGAGAUCUCCAGCUGCUACUGGUCGAGGGGCUCGAGGGGCUACGAGCUGCGGAUCGACACGAAGAACAGAGGGGUGGUGAUUCUCGACGGGUUCGACGAGCCUGACUCGACCGGGUUGAAGCACGAGCUCUCGAAGAACUUCAACGUGCAGCUGGAGCAGCGGGAGCACGCGUUGCGGGGCUGGAACUGGGGGAAGAUCCAGAUGGCGAGAAACGAGCUGGUUUUCAACGUCGCCAACAAGCCUGCGUACGAGAUCCCGUACGCGGAGAUCGCCAACACGAACUUGAGCGGCCGGAACGAGGUGUCGGUUGAGAUGGACCUUAUACGUGCGGACACGGCGGUGGAGCGGACCGGCGACGAGUUGGUGGAGGUGAAGUUCUACAUCCCGGGCAACGUGGACGCCGGCGAGGAGAUGGACAUUGACGCUCCGAAGGCGGAGCACGCGGAGGGAGAGGAGGCCCCGGCAGACGGUGCUGCAGACGGCGAGGCCGAGGCCGACGCCGGGCCGGAGAAGAAGGAGAAGGUCAAGACCAAGGCGGAGCUCUUUGUGGAGGAGUUGAAGUCCAAGGCAGACAUCACCCAGGUUGUCGGCGAGAUCAUCGUCUCGUUCAGCGAGGUGCUCUUCCUCACGCCAAGAGGCCGGUACGACGUCGACAUGUACGACAGCUUCCUCCGGUUGAGGGGCAAGACGUACGACUACAAGCUACAGUACACGCAGAUACAGAGAAUCUUCUCCUUGCCGAAGCUGGACGGCAUGCACCACUUGAUUGUCUUGCAGGUGAACCCUCCCUUGAGACAGGGCCAGACCAAGUACUCGUACUUGACGCUGCAGUUCGACGAGCAGGAGGAGAUCGAGGUCGAGCUGAACAUCGAGGAGAACGAGUUCAAGGAGAAGUACGAGGGCAAGAUCAACAAGUCGUACAGCUCCAGCACCUAUCUCGUUCUCUCCAACCUCUUCAAAGGGUUCACCGAGCGCAGAGUCGUUUUGCCCGGCUCCUACCAGUCCAAGGACGGACUGCCGGGCAUCUCUUGUUCCUUGAAGGCCAACGAGGGUCACUUGUACGCCUUGGAGAAGUGUGCGUUGUUCUUGACGAAGCCAACCGUGUUGAUCCCUUACUCGGAGGUCGGCACCAUCACUUUUGCCAGAGUCGGACAGGGGUCUGCUCAGAAGACGUUUGAUAUGGAGAUCAGCACUAUAAACGGUGGGCCAACGCACAACUUCGGAAACAUUGACAGAGCCGAGCAGCCUCUUCUCGAGUCAUUCUUCAGAUCGAAGAACUUGAAGGUCAGAAACGAUGAAAAAAUCGCACAGGAAAUGUUGGCCAACGCCAUGGUCGACUCCGAUGGCGAUGCCGACCUCGGCUCGGCCGGAGAAGACGACUCUCCCGACGAGGAUUUCGAGGGAGAGAGUGCAUCCGAAGACUCGGACGUGGACGAAGAAUACAAUUCUGACGCUGCAAGUGAAAACGGUGACGCCGCAGAAACAUCUGAAGAACCUAAGAAAAAGAAACAAAAAAAUGAUCUCUGAUCUCGUACGUUUUAUUAAGCUUUUUACCAAAUUAACUCUAUAUCUGUAUAAAUAAGAAAACAGAAAAAAUGCUAAAUGCACAGACAUUCAAAUUACUUUCCUCUUGUUCAACUCUACCAGUAAUACGUUUUUUAGCUUUUGGUUGUCCAACCUAUUAACAACAUCCUGCUGUUCCUCUUCAAACAUGGUCACCAAAUGUUUGACUUUGCUCAUUUCCUUCAGCUUUCCCUCCUUGAUUUUUUGGAGCAGGUGUACCAGUUCUUCAGUCUUAAGUUCGUGAACAUGCCUCGUAUCUUCGGACUUUGAGUAUGUGUUGCUCAUACAUAUAUAGUUUUUUGGCGGAGACUCAUCCCCCCU